CUCACACAUUGUGUGUGGAGUUUGAUUCAGUACGCGUUACUCCAGAUGAUACGCCCUGGAUUACACCUGCCUAUGCGCGGGGCGUCAUUGACCCUUGCCCUGGGAGCGCUAUAAGGCACGCACGAGUGGAGCUUCUUCAGCUGUAGGCUUCUCCUUUGCCCAUCCCUCUCUUCCGGCGACCACCUCCUGGUCCUUCAAACUUGGGAAGUCCAUCAAACACCAGGUAUCCCAUUUCCACAACAGGAUAGACAAGAAAUAUGGUGAAUCUGAACCCGAUCCCUCCGGUCAACCGGUGGUUCUCUAGGCUCGGACACGCCUUCUCGUCGAAAGAGGCGUUCAACGAGUUCAUCCAUACCGAAGGGAACGCCGACGGCAAACAUAGCUGGACGAACGAGGAUCUCCGUCCCUCGAGCAUCGCCCAAUGCAACUGGCACUGGUGGAACUUCUGCCUCUUCUGGCUCGGAAUGGGCUUCGGUAACUGGACCCUUGGCAGCAGCAUUGUCGGCGCCGGUCUGACUUGGUACGAGGCCAUGUUCGUCGUCAUCAUCGCUAGUGUGGUUGCGGGGUUGUGCAUGGCGUUCAACUCGCGUGCUGCAAGCAACUAUCAUGUUGGUUACCCCGUGCUGCUCAGGACAUGCUUUGGCAUGUACGGCCAUUACUGGCCCGUCCUCGCGCGUGGAUGCUGUGCACUGCUAUGGGUGUCCGUCCUCAACUACCAAGGCGGUGCCUACGUCAGCACGAUGAUCCACUGCAUCGUUGGUGACGCUUGGCUGAACUUGCCUGUGCAGUUCCCCGACAGCGUGGGGACCUCCGUGCAGCGUUUCCUCGGCUUCCUGAUCUUCUGGGCGAUCGAGCUGCCCUUCUGCUCCCUCCGGCCGUACCAGCUCAAGUGGUUAUACAACUUCAAAGCGUGGACGCUUGGCCCCGGUGUCAUUGGCCUGCUGAUUUACUGCUUGGUCCAGAGCAAGGGCAAGCUUGCGAGUGAUGCGGCGCUGGCGGGUGUAACCUUGUCCAAGGGAGGUGCGCUUGGCUGGCUGUUUGUCUCCAAUGUCAACUCUGCCAUGGGCAACUGGUCUACGUUCAUCGCGAACAUGCCCGACUUUUCCCGUUACGCAACAUCACCCAAAGCCACCAUGUGGACGCAUAUCCUCUUCGUACCGAUCCCUGCUGCGCUUGGCGGUAUCAUAGGUAUUUUCGGCACUUCCGCACUGCAACAGGCAUGGGGUGUUACACUCUGGAACCAGUGGGACGUGAUGGACGCCAUCCUCGAGCACCAGUGGAGCGGCGGUAUCCGUUUCUUCGUUUUCCUCGAGUCUUUCUGCGCUGCACUUUUCUUGUUCGGCGCGAUCCUCGGUGCCAACCUUCUCCCCUUCGCCUCCGACGCGACGGCCCUCUUCCCCACAUGGUUCAACCUCACCCGUGGAAUGUGGUUCUGCUGCAUCAUCUCCCUUGCCCUGAUGCCAUGGAAGAUCCUCGCUUCUGCUAACGGCUUCCUCGCUUUCCUCGGCGGAUAUGGGAUCUUCAUGGGCCCGACAGCGUCGAUCAUGAUCAUGGAUUAUUGGGUCGUACGACGUGGCAACAUCCGGAUUUGGGAUGCGUACACGAGCAAGCCCGGAUCGACCUACAUGUACUUCCACGGGUUUAACCUCAACGCCGUCAUUGCCUACAUCAGCGGGAUGAUCAUCCCCUUCGUUGGGUUUGUCGGCACAUUCGGCAUCCCCGUGCCCAUUGGCGCGACGUACCUCGACGACUUUGGCUGGUACAUCUCCUCCAUAGUUGCGGGUGCCCUCUAUGUGCUCCUGUGCAAGAUCCGCCCACUUAGCAAUGUCGACCCUGACAUGCCUUGGGAGAAGCUGGCGCAUGAGUUCAAGGAGGAGCGCGAGCGCGACAUCGUCGAGGACACGUUGGAGGCGAACGUCGACGAGAGCCUGAACGACGAUGUGGUGGAGAAGGUGAUGGAAGAAGAGCAGGAGAAGGGCCUGGCUACGAGUGUGAAUGUCGCUGAGGUCAGGGGAACGUAUCACCACCACUCCUAGGGAUCGUAGCACUUUUGCAAUUUAUCGCGGAUUUUGUUCAUAACUAGCUAGGGCAUGAGAGUGUAAUUCUAUCUUAAU